CGCGGUCCGUUCCGGUGACGGGCCGGAUGUGUGCGUGUUACUGGUGGGGAAAUGGCGAGCUCGGGGUCGGCGGCGCCCGGUGCGGACAGAGGCCCCGGACCCGGACCCGGCCCCGGCUCAGGCUCAGGCCGCACCUCCGGGGAGAACGCGAGCCAGGACAGCACGUUCGAGUGCAACAUCUGCUUGGACACGGCCAAGGACGCGGUGAUCAGCCUCUGCGGUCACCUUUUCUGCUGGCCUUGUUUACAUCAGUGGUUGGAGACCAGACCUAAUCGACAGGUUUGCCCUGUCUGCAAAGCAGGCAUCAGCCGAGACAAAGUCAUUCCCCUUUAUGGAAGAGGAAGCACUUGUCAGCAGGAUCCCAGAGAGAAAACUCCUCCAAGACCACAGGGACAGAGGCCUGAGCCAGAGAGCAGAGGGGGUUUCCAAGGUUUUGGCUUUGGAGAUGGAGGAUUCCAGAUGUCUUUUGGGAUUGGUGCGUUUCCAUUUGGGAUUUUUGCAACAGCAUUCAACAUUAAUGAUGGCCGUCCGCCUCCAGCAGUCCCUGGAACGCCGCAGUUUGUGGAUGAACAAUUCCUGUCUCGCCUUUUCCUUUUCGUGGCUCUUGUAAUUAUGUUUUGGCUCCUCAUUGCCUAAGGACAAACUGGCAGCGAUCCUUAACCUGUCUGAAAUGUGGCAAUGAACUAUCCCAGGUCUCUGUGUUUUUCUACCUUUGGAUACCUAUUAGGUACAAAAAUCAGAUCUAAUAAGUAACUAAAAUCAGCUUCUAAAGGGAUAUGCUUUGAUGGACUGUGAAUGUGAUUAAAAGGCUCCUUUUUCUUGGGCUGUAAUUCUGUGGCAGUGUCCAUUUCAGUAUGGAUGGGUGGUGCCUGCUCACCUCACUGAAGGUUUCUGGAGGUCUGUAUCUUAAUUCAAUCACUGCUACACUGUCAUUUUGAAAAGGGCCAAAGUACUUGUUUCUUAGCAGAAGGACUGGCCCUUGAAAUGAAACCGCUCAGAGAUUUAAUACGUGUCGGUAGCAGCACGUAUCAGUGUGUUUGGUUGAUAUAACCAUUUGAUGAAGGCAAAUGAAUAAACACCACUCAAGGACUUGAAUACGCAGUGAAACCCAAUGUUGACAGCCUAUCUGCCUGCUCAAUGAAUAAAGAAAUUCCUACAAUACAAUUUAAAGAAGGACUGGGGACUCGGUGAAAAACAUUGAUAUGUAUUGAUCAUUGCUUAUGGGAAACUCACUGUACAUGAAUUGACUGCCAUGUUUCCCUACAUAUUAUUGACCACACUUCAAAUACAUUUUUGUGAAAAUCUUUGAUAUAAAUUAAGGGUGGUAAUAAUUGAAAUUCCCUAUUUGCAUAGUUCCAAUUUCACCCUGUUAAUCACUGGCAAAGGGGAUUUGUAGUCUUUCAUCUGCAAAGUUGCUUGUCAGCCAGGUAUCCUGUUCUCCCCAUCCCUGCUCAUGCUAACAUUGAAUGGGUUUCUCAGUGGCAGAUUACCUACUCAGGUGGCUGCAUCAAUGGAUUUAUUUGUAUUAAUUGUUCAGGGGACCUGGACCCUGAUGGCAAUUAUUGUCCAUCCCUGACUGCCCUUUGAACAUGUAGUGGCCGUUUCGGAGAGCAGUUAAGUCUCGAUCACGUUGGUGUGUCUAUAAUUGCAAGUAGACUGGACUGGGUAAAAAUAGCACGCUUAUUUGGCCUUACCCCGAAAUCUAAGCCUGAGCACGCGGAGCAAGGCUGCAACCCCAACUGGGAUCUUGCAGUUGUUUAAAGGGGUAGGUUCAGUCCAGGCGACCGUGUUUGAUCGGAAUCCCCACUGGAGCUGAAACCAGAUAUACCAAGCUGCAGAAUGAUGUUGGCCAUAGCAGAUGUGGCCAUCCUUGGAACCUGAUUCACCCAUGGUGAUGGUGUGGAAAAAAUGAGUUCCAGAUGGGUGAGGGCGGAACUGCCUCCGUUGUGUGGGGAGGUGGUUCUGUCCUUCAGUUCGGUGAAUUAGUGGAGCUCCUGGAAGUGAUUGGGAUUGCCCAUGCCCUGAUGGGUUGACAAUGCAUGGAGAGUAUCAGCGUGAACUGAAUAUGGGUGGCAAUUAAAGUAUCAAAAAGUAUUUUUAAUUUAAUAUCCUGUUUCUGGCUUUGUAUCAGAUGUCAAAUAAAUAUUGAACAUUGAUCAACUGA